GGCAACGUCGUGUUCUUCUUCUACGGUCUUCUUUACUUCCGGUUGACUACGGCGUUUCAUGUGGGUGACUUCCGGCCGAUACAGAUGGCAGAGGACAGCAGGACAGUGAGGGUGAGCGGCCUGCCCACGGACAUCGACCAAGAGCGGCUGAUAGACAAACUAUCAGUCCACUUCCUGCGGUCCAGCAAUGGAGGAGGGGAAAUAGACACUGUCGCCAUUAGCGAGAAUAAGCCCGACUGCGCCCUGGUCCACUUUGAAGACAGCACAGUGGCACAGAGAGUUAUUCAACACGGCCAACACAUACUGAAAGUGGAUGGGAAGGAGUACAAGCUCUCUGUCAGCAAGUAUCGACCCAGGCUGCAUCCUGACAAGAUCAUUUUAAGCAUUACAGCAACUUUGGACUACAGCCAGAUUCCUGAGGGUCGAAGUGCGUUGACGCGUCUUCAGCAGGACCACCCAGACGUAGAGUUGAGCUGCGACUUGAGCAAGAAGAUUGGCAGACUGCGGGGUGCCUACUCCAAAGUGCAGCCUGCCUUGGCACAGCUGCUGGGCAGAAAUCCUGAAGGGCUGCACUCGGCGAGACUAACAGGCUCUGGCCAACCCGUCAACACGCCUCUUUUAAAAGAUCCGAUCAAGAACCAUAAAGAAGGAGGAGACAAACAAGAUUUUAAUCCUCUAGCAUCUGAAGAGGACUUCUCUCUGAUGGUGGAUGCAGACGUCUUCCAGUAUCUACAGAAACGUUGGGGCCAGGAAUACCAGCGCAUUCAGAGCCAGUACGGCGUCGAUGUUGUGGAUGUGACUAAUGAGGGGCUCACCACCUUGUUUCUGAGCGUAGUAGUAGGUGGCGAGGAGACGCUGGAGCGCAUCAAGCGUGCGAGGACGGCUAUCAGCUCUCUUUACCAGGAGAGUGAGAAGAAGAUCUUCCAAACUCAGCUCAGCAAGACUGACCUGAACCCCAGAGGAGGCUUGAGGCAGGCCAUGGAGACCAUAGGUGACCAAUUCCCCAAGCUCCUCCUCAGUGACGAUGACUGCAACGUCUACAUCGUCGGCGACCGCGUUGAUGUGUCCGAGGCCAAGCAGUUUCUUCUCCAGGAACACAGUGGAGGGAACAAAGAAGACAUCGCCAGUCUUCUAAGAUUUCCAUCUUAUCCCCUGUCAGCCAACGAGGAGCACCUAGCUGCAUCUUCUGGUAUCACAGGACAGCAGAGAGGACACAGAAGCAGCAAAAUGUAUCAUUUAGCAGCUUGCCCUAAAGAUUCUGGAUUGACUCCACUUGUAGACUUACCUUCACCAGGGCCCUCGUCUUCCGGUCUGACAUUGGUCCAUGAAGUUAGGACAGAAGUAGCAUCAGAGGACUGCAACACAAGUCCAUCAAUGAGGAGAAAAAACGACUCAGUGGUUCGAGAACUCUACUUCAGAACGACACUGACCCCACCGUCGGGUCCAGGAACUGCACCGAAGAGAACUGAAAGUUUUUCUGGAGCAUUUCAGCAGGGAGGCCAGAAGACUGAAGAGGACUCCUCAGCACUGCAACCCAGGACUUCUAGCUUAAGUACCCAGAAAGAAUAUCAGGAGCUCUACCGCGCAGAGAUGCUGGUGCCAACCAUAUUGUGGCGCCACAUGGUGGAGGCCUACAGCACCCAAGUUAAAGCCCUGACGCUGGACGUCCAGAUCAAAGAUGAAACCCCCAGCAACGGUGUCCAGACCGCCAUCUCUAUCAGUGGAGCCGAGCCGUCCGCCAUGGCCUCAUGCCAGCAGGGUUUGCAGCAACUAGUCGACAGCUUGGCCACAGAUUUCUGUGUACAAGAGCUCCGCCUGUCUGAGCUCGGCAUCACGGACCCUGAAGACGAGACAUUGCAGGCCUGCUGCGCAGAGGUGGGUCAACGCUUCAGCAAGAUUAGCGUCCGCGUGAUGAAGAGGAGCUUGUAUCUACUCGGGUCAAAGCGCUUGUGUGCUCAGGUGGGUGCUUCGCUGCGGGAUCUGUUCUGUGGAGACGGCACCCAAACUGAUAUUAAGGAUGCGGCUACUCCCUUGGCCUCCGCAUCUUGUCCGUCUACCUCCGUAUCUCAGCCCUUGGCACCUGCCUUAGCCUCCACCUCCACCUCUGGUCCCUCAGCCUUCGCCUCUUGUCCUUCGACAUCCACAUCUUGUCCCUCAACAUCUGCCUCAGCCUCUACCAUUGUGUCUAGUUCCUCUACAUCCACCUCUAGUCCAUCGAUCCCUGCAUCUUGUCCCUUGACCUCCGCCUCUCGUCCCUCGACCUCUUGUCCCACAACAUUCACAUCUCAUCCCUCAACAUCCGCAUCUAGUCCCUCGACAUCGGCCUUAGCUUCUACCGCCAUCUCUAGUUUCUCUACUUCAGCCUCUACUCCUGUUACGUAUGCCUGUAGGCAAAUAAACAACGGCAAUGAGAUGCAGACACAAUCUGUGAUUUCAACCAAAGCGAGGAUCUCAAACCAUGAGGACCAUUCUGUGACAGAGCUCCUUAACGGAUCUGUGGAUCAAACUGCAACCCGGACCGACCAGGUCACGAAAGGCGAAUGGGAAAGUUCAAGUGUUGUGGAUCGGCAUACGCAGGAGAUGUGCACAAAAGGACGCGUGAAUGGCACCCGGAGUGAACGCCUCCAGGAACCCAAGCCCACUCGUCAGGCGCCGGUGGAAGGUAUCUGCAUUUGCGGAGAGAGCGGCGCCUCGACGAGCAGGACAGAGUGUGGGGCAUUCAUGUGCUCAGAGUGCCUGGACGCCGUGCACAUUCAUUGCAGGGUUUGCCACAGCGGGGCGAAGAUGGUGCCGGCGGGCAUCCGAGGAAAGAUAACCUACAGUGAACUCGACUUAAGUCUGCCUGGUCACAGCAAGCACGCCACCAUCAAGAUCACCUACCUCAUUCCUGAUGGUGUACAGCAGGAAUCCCACCCUUCCCCCGGAAAACCCUUCAAAGGCGGCAUGUUCGAGGCCUUCCUCCCCGACUGCGAGAGGAGCAGGAAGCUGCUGCCCAGGCUGGAGGACGCCUUCAGGCGGGGCCUCACCUUCACUGUGACCAAAAAGAAGGGCUCGAAAGUCGCCUGGGACGCCAUCCCGCACAAGACCAACCUGCUGGGCGGCCGGUCAGGGAACGGUUACCCGGAUUCUUCGUACUUGAAACACUUGUCCGACGUCUUGACCUCAGUGGGGAUUGGAGAGCGCGCUGCCAAAUCCUGACACGUCUUUGAGUCCAGCAAGAAACAUUGGCAAGUAUUCUUUGCACUGUGUGAUCAGCCGCAGAGUAUAAGUUGGCUAAUACUUUGUAUAACAGCAUACUUUUAAAAUAUCUUAUGUUUAUACCAUGCGGUUGAGUUCAUCCAACGUAAAAUACAUAUUUUUUAAAGGGGGCGGGAUUGUUUGUUUUCUUCUAACCCGAUUACUUUUGGAUCAAUACAACCCACAGCAGCACUUGUUCUUUACUUCAGUCGUAAACGUCAGCUUUACAGAUGCCACGUGCGCUCUGUGUUGUGGUAAAAUCGUCACAGUAACAGGUAAUUAGUAGUGAUGGGUAAAUGAGGCCUUAGCACACUCACCGGCUGUAUUGACCUUCAUGCAGUGUUUGAGCUCGGCGACAUCUGCUGGAUUAAAAACGUAACUACAGUAAAUUUGACCUAUAUGAUGUAAUUUUUCCAAGUAAUAGCUGUGCAGAAAGGAUUAUGAAAUGUGCACCUUCGGUCAAUGGGCCACUUUGUAAACAGGAAAAGAAUAUUUACCUUAUUGGAGCUAAUACAUCAAAAUUAUGCCACACUUCAGAAAGUUUCCAUUUAGGUCAUUGGUGGCAGCUUGGCUCUUCAAACGUGUUUUUUAAGUGACACAAACUCAGUAUCACUCCUUCAGUAUUGUUUGACCCAUCAUUAUUGAUUACAUUCCAACCAGAAGAAUCACGGCGUCUCUUCACAAAUGGCAGCACACAACAUUUAUUAGAGGAGAAAAUAUGGUUCCUUCAUUAUUUAACCUCAGGGAAAUCUAACAGUGUAUGUAAGGGUGUCCCGAUCCGAUACUGGUCUGAGAGCAGCGGAAUAUAUUGGAAGUUAACAUCUAAAUGUCCUCCGACAAGCACACAAGGUUAGCUUUUGCUUUCAUUUUAGUCGAGUCAUUCACAAAAUGUAAACAUGCCGGGCUAUAGGCUAAUAGGCGCUAGCAGCUACGCAACCGCUUAGCACACAAUGGCACACAAGCUAGACAUGCGUAGUAAGUAUCUAAUUGACCAGUAUUGCAGUCUAAAACAGCACAUUUGUUUAUAUAAACAAGUAUCAAAAAAUGAUAUUACGCAUACAAAUUCUCAAUGGCAGAAGCGUAUUAGAAAGUAUCCAGUAACAAACGUGUCCGCAUCAUGAAAUGACUUAUUGUGGCAAAAAAAACCAACUAAUUACCAUUCCACUUCAACUUAAAGACAGCUUACGCCUGUUAUUAGGUCGAUAAUAAAUAGGUUAGUGUUUUUCAUGCCUACUAUUUGUCUUUGAGUAAUUUCACUACCAUUUCACAAUACAAACCAAUAAAAGUAUGUAUGAUUUGUGCUAGAUAUCGGAUCGGAUUACUAUCAGUAUCGGCCAAUACUCAAGGCUCCAAUAUCGGUAUCGGACGUGAAAAAGUUGUAUCGGGACACCCGUAAUUGCCUUUAUUAUUGGAAUGUCACCACUGUUGCCUUGUUGUACACAUAAGCAGAAAAAACAAAAAACAAAAAAAAAUACUAAAAACUACUUUUGUUAUGCAUUUUUUUUUUAUUAGUCCUGGAAAACAUGUAAGGCAUAUGGUAACAUUACACACUGAAGCGUUACAAGCUGUCGAGGCCACACCAGGCCCACCCAGAGUGGAGCACGAAAAGAAGCAGCAUCAAUUUGAAGGGUUUUUAAAAAACAAAAGUCAUUUUUUUUUUUUUUUUUUUUUGGGGGGGGCAAACAAAAGCUACACAACACACACCACGUCAAAUGGAAAUAAAAACAGUUGCUCGGGUAAGAGAGGCGGAGCAUUCCCAGAGUUUCAUGGCUGCCCAUGCUGGAGGCGGGGCCAACGGGGGAAGGGUCGGCGUCACGCCAGGCAGUGGAUCGGCUUGGGUCGACUGAGCUUCUUCCUCGCAUCACAACACUAAACUACGCCGUGAUGGCGGACGUGGACUGAACGCCAUCAGCCGGCGUCUUCUUCCUCGCCGCGUCUCGACGGCCCCCGAGCGGAAAAAAGCAAAGCGAGCGUAAAAACGAACGUGGGAAUUCUCGGAACGCCUUCGUUUGCGACGGGGCCUGACGGGACGCCGACGUGGCGUCAAUUUAGCAGGAAAGCGGUCGGACGGCCCUGAGAACGCAUGUUGGCAGAAAAGUAAAUACGAAUUUGAUUGAGAUGACUCGCACGUUUCAAUUCAGCCCAGAACCGCGCUCGGAAACGUUAGUUUCUGUAGCAAAGAUUGUUAAUGUUAACAGGAUGCUCUCAGAAUAGA